AUGGCCCAGCAUUUGACGGCGCUUUGCGCCAUUGCGUCUUUCCUGUGGCUUGCUCACAGUUUAGAAGACCACCAAAUAAUAGAACAACCCCGUCUCUCAUCACUUCUCGUCCUUUUCAUUGCCGCAUUCGCAUCAUAUGCGGCAAGCUUCUGUUCUGUGUGGCUGCCAGGCACAAAUGGAAGGUUCGACGAUGACCGAGCACCGCUGAAAGCAAAGCGUGUGAACCUGCCAAAGAAACCGCGGCGAUACUUCUUCCCGUCGCUGGUUCUUUGUGUUAUCCUACGGUUGGAAGUCUUCCACCGCGUGUCGCUUGACCUCCAGUGUUCGACGCCCGGUGUUGAGGCAUUCUUACCCCUAUUUAUUCUUGGCUAUGAAUUGCUUCCGGGCCGACGAGCGCGGUCCGGAAAUGGCGACGAUGAAGAGACCCCGGACGAUAUGGGCAUGACCAUCAUCGAUGCCGCUAGGGCCUGGUUCACGGAGUCUAAGGCAUCCCUAUGCGUGUCGAUAAUUAUGCUUACCAUCGGCACCUAUCUCGUCUCAUCACGCGAUCCUGGCUCGACAUUCUUUUGCUCCACCCAAGACCUAAGAAUUGUGGUCGUCCUUUUCCAAUGGAUCGGCCUAGUACUCGAUGCCGCUAUCGCCAUAUUGUUAUGGCGUAUACUCGCUUGGGCAAGAAGUACAAAGAGCAGGCUGAGGACGCUAAGUGGAAUGCUGGUGGCUGCCGCGCUCGGGACUGGGCUUCUCUAUCGAGCCUCGCGCUUCUUCCUCCCUACCACCCCCAUGACCUACCAAUUCCGCGGCCUGGACUCCCUGUACAUUUUCGACGUCAUUGUUGACGGCCUCGCAUUUUCUACCUCCAUUAUCUCAACAAGCCUCCUUGCCACCGAAGGUAGCCCUCUAUCUUUGGUGGGGAUUAUCACGUUUCUUUUUGGUAUUGCGCAAGCUAUUCAGCUGACGGCCCUGACGGGGACAUGGGAGAACAUCUCUCCCGGCACUGUCUAUAUUGGGUUGAUCCUCGUAUGCAUUGGGUUCUCAUUUUUCGUUUACACCAACAACAUCGAGUCUGUUGUGUUUAUGCACCGCGCAUUUGUGGUCAUCAUUCUGGUCAUCAUCACCAUCGUCGCCACCAUAUACACCCCCAUCAAAGCGCUUCAGGUCACCGAAAAACACCCGCUGAUAAAGACUAUCUACGACGCCCGGAUCGCCGCGGACCGGUGGUUAGUCCGCGCGACGGUCAGCGAUUCGCUCCCCGUCGCCGUUCGGGAAUACAAAGACCGUCACAGCGGAAGGGACCCGCCCCCGAACUUUGACGCCUGGUACGAGUUUGCAACACAACGACGCUCUGUUGUCAUUGACCACUUCGCUCAGAUGGAGGAAGAUAUUCUCCCGUUUUGGGGUGUGCUGCCAUCGAAGGUGCGGGAAGCCGUCCGGCACGCCGCUGCCGAACCCGAUAUGGCUCUGCUGAGGAUCCAAGGGGGCAAGAUAGAGCAUAACCUACCCCCGUCAAGCCCUUACAAGCCGGUCAUAGAUGAUCUGAUUGAGUUGAUCGGAGGGUUUGUCCAACAUCUCUCUGACAUGGAGUUCGCUGUCAACCUGAACGAGCGGCCUCGGGUCCUUGCGCCUCGGGAUGAUGUGCAAAGGGCAGUGAAAUCGGCCAGUUGGAAGCGUGUUAGCAAGCUCCUACCCAGGUCAGUGGAUAUCCAGGGAGACAUACCGGCGGCCCAGCCCCCUAACGAUGGGGAAUCUCCGGCCGAAGAAUACUUCACCCCGGUAACGGCCCUCCGGGAGAUGACGGCUCUCACCUGCGCUCCCGGCACCAGGGGGCGAGCAGGGACACACUGGGACGUCCGCGACAUUUGCGUCUCGUGUGCCAGGCCGCAGUCACAACAGCUAUACCUGGCCAACUGGCAGUUAUCUCAAGGUCUCUGCCACCAGUCAGAUCUGUUCCGCCUCCACAGCUUCCACAUGACACCCCCCGAGGUCCGCCCUUUGCAAGAGCUGCUUCCAGUUUUCAGCAGGGCCAAGACCACCAGCUAUAGCGAUAUUCUCAUCCCGCUGCGUCGGAUCAGCGAGCCUGCCGAGCCCACCACGGAGGACUUUGAGAUGAAAUACAAGAGGCUGUUCUGGCGUGGUAAGGUUGACCGCUACGGUACUAGCCACGAGCUCGUGCGUGGUGGUCAUCAAGAACGGCUCGUCCACACUCUCAACAAUCCCGCAAGCUCGGAGAAGACCAUACUUCUCUUACCGCAAAAAAAGACGCUCAGGUACGAGCAGGUUCCGACCGCCGAUAUCAACGAGCUCUUCCCUAUCGAUGUUGCCUUUUCCGAAUACAACGCCUGCAAGGACGCCGCCGCUCCUCAGCCCGGCAUCGACGACACUUGCAACAAAGACGCCGCCGCCGAAUUUCACAAGAAGCCGCAGGACGAGGAAACGCUGCGGCAUAAAUACGUCAUGGUUAUUGACGGGGACAAUGGGCCCUCGCCCGAGGUCUUACGCACGCUGCGGUCCAAUAGCGUCCCUUUUUACGCCUCCAUCUUCAAGGAGUGGUACAGCGAAAGACUCCUUCCGUGGAUCCAUUUUGUCCCCAUCGACCUACGCUUUCACGCCCUGCAUAGCACAGUCGUGUAUUUCAUGGGACUUCAGAAGCGUGAUGGCCGGAUGCUGAACGGGAGGGAGGUGGAAAUGGAGGACCGCCAGGAUGAUGGUAAAUGGAUUGCUGAACAAGGGAAACGGUGGGCAGAGAAGGCAAUUCGGCGUGAGGAUAUGGAAGUAUACCUGUUCCGGUUGUUGUUGGAAUGGGGGAGGAUAGUGGCCGAAAACAGGGAUGAGAUUGGAUUUGAGCUGGCUAAAGGGAAUUAG